GCGUUUCUGUUUCUUUCUUUCUCCGCCCUGACGGUCACUGACAGAUAAACAGGAGCAGACUACAGACGAGGCAGUAAACCACUCAAAAUGAAAGACAACAGUUUGCCCCGAAUUUGCGUGAUUAUCGUGUGUGCUGUGGUUUUUAUCGCCGUUUUAGUUGUCAAUGCUUUGGCCGGAGCGGGAAGAGGACCUUUCCAUUCCUCUACUGGUAAUGUGUCAGCCCGCUAUGAGACAGACAUCACUCCAGCUGGCUGGACCUUUUCUAUCUGGGGUGUUAUCUAUACCUGGCUCACCCUGAUGGUCAUAUACAUCACCACAUAUGUAUUCAGAGGAUCCUGGGCUCAGUGCCUGCUGCCCUGUGCCUUCUAUUUUUGCUGGCUGGCCAAUAUGGUGAUGAACAUGGCAUGGCUGCUGCUGUGGGACAGAGAGUUGAUGCUGGCGGCUCUGGUUGUUUUAAUCCUGAUCGCCAUUUCCAACUACAGUGCCUUGUUCUUCUGUUGCUUUGCCACAGAUUACUAUGGAAUGUGGUUGAAGACAUACCAUCGCAAAGACCUGGCCUGUCUCACAAUACUGGUCCAGAACGGUUUGGCUGUGUACACCACAUGGACAUCCAUCGCCUCUCUGAUCAACUUCUCACUGGUUCUCCAUCUGUGGGGUGUGGACAGGAGCACAGCAGCAACCGCCUCUCUGUGCAUCCUGUUUGCAGAGGUGGUGGCAUGGUUCAUCCUUGAGAAUUGGGUGCUGGACCGUUGGGUGCGUAACAUCCUGACAGUCUACCCUGUGGUGAUUGUGGCGCUGGUUGGAAACGUCUUCAGACAUUUUAACCCAGAUGAUCCCACUCCAAAUACUGUGUUCAUGGUUGUGCUGUUGGUGUUGGCGUGUGUCCUGCUGGUUUCCAGAAUCUGUACGGUCAUCUGGAGGAACAUGUGGCGGCCUCUCUACUCUCCAGGCUCAGCACGGCUCAUGAUUUCACCUCUCGAUGGCAGCAAGUUCAGGCUUUUUACCUAAACAGUAGGAACUGUAACAGUGCAAACUGCACUCUCAGCCAAGAUGCACUCUGAUUUUAUAUUUGCCCAAGCCACUGCAAUGUUAAUUCGGAAAACUGCCAGUUAUAAGAUGGAAAUUUACAAUUGUUAAGGUGUUUAUCUAGUCAUAGACCUGUAAUGGGAAGGCAGGAAAACCUCUUGUCCAGUUCAACCAGUGUUUCUACUAAGAGUUUUCCCAACAGUCGUUCCACAUCUGAAACGCUUUCUUUGAAAUACUAAUGAAGCACUAGGACUGUUUACCACUACGUACAUUAAUAUUGUCAAUAUGUAAAGUACUUUUUAUACAAACUCAGACAUGUGACUUCAUUAUCAUGUUGCUAUUUUAAGGUAGUUUUGUUUUUGCAUUACAUCUAUACAAUGGCAUUAGACUACAAGCAACCGAUGUAUGUUGAAGGUGAUCUUUUCUAAAAGCCUGCACAGCUUAGUUGAAUUAAUUCUGAUUUGCUAAUUAAAACAUUGUGUUUAAUAUCUAAUGUAGUCUGGUUUCCUAAAUAUUUGUGGGGGGAAAAAAACGCUAUUUGCUUGAUAUAAGUUGCCGGAGAUGUUUCCCCACCAUGAAAAAAAAUCAUUAAUGUGGAGACGUCGAUACCACAGCCCAGGAGGUCAUGUUUUCACCCAUGUCUGUUUGUGUUUAUUUGUCAGUAGGAUUACACAAAAAGUACUGAACCGAAUUGCACCAGACUUACGGAGGGAUGGGUAACUUCCCUUUUUACUUUUGCAAAAUAGGACAUUUGAUAGGACAUUCGAAAGUUUUUCAGGAAAUAAUUUAUGGAUCUUGAUGCACAAAAAUAAGACAUAUUAAUGGUGUUCUAUAAAUCUGUACAGUUUGCUGCAGAUGCAGAUAAUAAUCCAGACCUGGUGGAAAAUGUAGGAUUGUUGUGCCUGGGCAGACGUAUGUGCUCCACUGAGUGUUAUUCUAGUUUACUGUGUCAAACUGGGAACAGACCUGAUAUAACAGAACAUUUGACAUUCUCCCUCUGGUCUCUUAUCCCAUUAUCUGUUUUCACUCCAUGUCUUACCCCAUAUGCAGUAAGUGCUCUUAAUUCAAAUAUAUUAUAUACUGCCUCUUGGUUCCUCACACAGCUUAGCACUUUAUGUUUCUGAUCUUUAUACUUCGUGUUGUGGAUUUCUAUGCUUGUAUCACAUACCCUGUAUUUCAUUCUGAAUUGUUUGCGGCAUUUUUAUUGUCUUACUAUGUUUUUAUUGUUUGUAUGUUUUUAUGAGGCCUUGCCGCAAAAAGAAUUUCCCCUUUGCAGGACAAUAAAGCUCUGAAUUGAA